AUGGCGACAAUAGGGCCCCAAGAUACAACUUUCGAUGUGCCUGACCCCACCGAUUGGAAAGGGACGGCUCUUCAAGGCUUUGCUGCUGUCGAGUCUCCCAUGCGAUGCCAAGUAUGCAAGGAGUUCAUGACGACUCCAAUGAUGACGAGCUGCGGACAUACCUUUUGCUCCUUGUGUAUCAGGAGAUGCCUGGCGAAUGACGGACUAUGCCCUGCUUGUCGGACUCCGGAUCAGGAAUUGAAACUUCGAGCGAACAAGUGCAUGGGCGAGGUCAUCGAGUCUUUCAAGCAAAUAAGAGGACCUGCCCUUGAAAUUGCCCGAAUGCCUCCAGUUCUUUCAGAUCCGGUGUCACAGAAACGAAAACGUGAUGCGAGUAUUAGCAAUAGCCAGGACCUCGAAAAGCGCAGAACAAGAUCGUCAACACGCAUAGCGUCCCAAGAACCUCUCGAAAGUCCCAUGGAGGCCACAUAUAUUGAGCAGUCUGACGGGGCUAGUGCGCCACCCAGCGACCACUCGAGCAGCAAGCCCAACAAUAUAUCAAAUCCUUCCAUCACUACGAAUUUCAGAUUGCAACGGCCUACCUUCGAACCAACGCCUCUUCCAACCCUGAACUACUCCCUUCUUAGUGACACAAAUUUGCGGAAGAAGCUCAAAGACCUAGGGAUAUCAUCUAUCGGAAACCGACCACCCCUCGAGCGGAGGCAUAGGGAAUGGGUAACACUCUGGAAUGCUAACUGUGAUUCCUCCAAACCUCGUUCCAAGGCCGAGUUACUGCGUGAUCUAGAGACAUGGGAGAGAACUCAAGUUAGCCAAGGAACAUCGAGGAAUUAUACCGGCGGAGGGCUGCCGAUCGCGAGCAAGGAUUUUGAUGGCGCUGCCUGGUCAUCGAAGCAUGGGCCAACAUUUCGCAGUCUAAUCGAAGAGGCAGCGCGAAGCAGAAGACAGAAAUCAAGUGGAGAAGCCACUUCAACAUCCGAACCAAUUGGUGUGACAAUCGACGUAUCUGGAGAUAACUUCAGCGAGGAGACUAAUGACUGUGCCGAUUGA